AUGGCUGACUCCCCCGCUUCCGCAAAUAGCGCACUGCCUGGCGAGUCGCCCGCCCAGACCAAGGCCAGAUUGCGGAGAGAACGUCUGGCCGCCAAAAGUGGUGCCUCUCGUCUUCAACAGAUCACUGCUCUGCAAGGCGGCCCACCAAAAGACCUCAAGGAAAUCGAGAAAGAUGUGCCAGUCAAACCCGCCUCUACCCCAUCCCAGUUCACACCCGCUGCCUCUGGCACGGCUACUCCAGAUCCAGACGAGGUGGAUAUCUCACAGCACCACUACGCGCCCGCCUCGCAGCCUCGUCUCCCGUCGCCUUUUGCUUUUGAGGGAAACCAGUCUGGCCCCUUCGGACCCGGACCCGGCUCCGAUGCAUCGCAGGAUCCUAUGAUGGCCAUGCUACAGCAGAUGAUGGGCGCUGGAGCCGGCGGUAUGCCUGGCAUGCCUGGUGCUUCAGGUCAAGCCGGUGCGCCACCUGGCGGUCUGCCACCGAAUCUUGCCAAUAUGUUCUCUGCCAUGCAGGGCGGUAGCGGUGCCUCUGAGCCGUCACCAGACCAAUCUUCGGCCUGGAUCUGGCGGUUGGUACACUCUGUCUUCUCGUUUGGUCUUGCCGUCUACAUUGUCCUGCAAACCCCCUUUACUGGAUCCAAACUGUCGCGCGAUAAUGUACUCGACGAUGACUGGACCUCGCAAUCCACUCCGGCGCACAACUUUGCGCACUUCUUCUACCUCUUUGCGACUUUCGAGGUUGUCUUACAGUCUUCGCGCUAUUUCAUCGAAAAGGGCCAAUUACAGGGGAGCGGUAUCCUCAGCACAGUGGCUGGCAUCUUGCCGGCGCCGUAUUCAGGCUAUGUGCGGACUGUAGGCAGGUACAGCGUCAUCUACAGUACAGUUGUGAGCGACGCUAUGGUAGUAGUAUUUGUCCUGGGCGCUACAAGCUGGUGGAGAGGUGCUGAGAUUGCAUAA